AGCGGCCUUGUCAACGUCGUCUACUGAGUAUGGCUCAAGCUUAAACAAACCUAGCCUGGCCAGGAAGACGAGGAGGGAUACGCGAAACGCGUAUAUAGAGGUUUCGAAUCGCGUUGCUCGAGCAGAACACCUUUGUUUCGUCCGGUUAAGGUGUUUCGGUGCAAAAUGUCGAUGGUGGAACCGAGAAAAAUGGACGCAUUUCUCCUCUUAUUAACUUUCGCCUGUUUUUUCGCACUCGGCAGUAGUACUAUCGAAUCACCAGAGGCAAAGUUAACAGCUAGUAUAACGCCAAUAAACAGCGGAACAUACGCAGAUAAAGCCAAAGAUUUACUAACAUCUGCCAGUGAUCGAAUUUCUUUGGUUCCAGCGUUUCAUAUUAGCAAAGACUAUGGCCAGCCAGGGGGAUACGCUGGUAGCUAUCCUUACGGAAAUUAUUACGGUUCGAUUUAUGAUUCUACGCGAGGAUAUCGCGGAUCGAGCUUGAGUUCGGGAUAUCCCAAUUUAGGAUAUUCGGUGGGUACGCCUGGUGGAAUUGUCGGUGGCGGUCUUAUUGGGUACGGCUAUUACGGAAAUGUUGGAUAUACUCCGAGUUAUGGAGGGUACGGUGGAUCUGGUGGAUAUGGUGGAAACGGAAUAUAUAAUGGAUAUGAAGGAUACGGUGGAUAUGGUGGGUCUGGAGGAUACGGUGGAUACGGUGGGUCUGGAGGAUAUGGUGGAUACGGUGGUUACGGGAAUGGAGUAGGCAGUUAUGGUGGUUAUGGUGGCAAUUACGGGUCUGGAAGUUAUGGUACAGGUGUUUACGGUGAUAGAUAUGGCGGACGACCAAGUUAUGGACGCUACGGUGGCUCAGACUAUGGAUACGGAUACAAUGGAUAUGGGGGUUCGAAUUAUGGAUCCGCAUAUAGCUCGAGAAACACUUACGAUCCAUAUGGUUACCGUGGAAACAAUUAUGGAAACUAUGGUACAAACUAUCCAUCAGGGUACAGGGGUUACUCUUAAAAUUUCCAUUAAAGAGAAACUUGGAACUGUGCUUUUCAUUGACAUAACAAAUAUGAAUCAUUGCAGCAGUAUUUCAGGAUACUGAUUUAACUGUACAUGUGGCAGUCAAACUUUCAUCUAUU